UCCGCACCGCCGCCAUUUAUAUUUCCCCGCCAUUUUACAUCAACUCAGCGGAGAUUCGGUUACGAAGACGACGACGGCUCAAAUGGAAAAUCAACUUUGCAAGCUGUUUGUCGGUGGACUUAACGUCCAGACCACUGAUGACGGUCUGCGAAAUCAUUUCGAGCAAUACGGGACUCUCACGGACUGCGUGGUCGUGCAGAACCAGCAGCUGAAGCGCUCGCGCUGCUUCGGUUUCGUGACGUACUCGAGCCCCGAGGAGGCGGACUCGGCCAUGGCGGCCCGGCCGCACGUUCUGGACGGUAACAACGUCGAGCUGAAGCGGGCCGUGGCCCGCGAAGACGCAGGGAGGCCGGAGGCCCUCGCGAAGGUGAAGAAGAUAUUCAUCGGCGGGCUUAAAGACGACAUCGAGGAGGAUCACCUCCGCGACUGCUUCUCGCAGUUCGGCGCUGUGGAGAAGGCGGAGGUUAUCACGGACAAAGAGACCGGCAAGAAGCGGGGCUUCGGCUUCGUGUAUUUCGAGGACAACGACUCGGCCGAUAAAGCCGUGGUGCUCAAGUACCACGUUAUUAACGGGCAUAAAGUAGAGGUGAAGAAAGCCCUGACCAAGCAGGAGAUGCAGGCCGCGGGGAGUCGCGGUGGUCGUGGUGGUCGCGGAAGGGGGAUGGGGAGACCGCAGAACGGCUACGGCGGGCGCGGCGGAGGAUACGGAAACUAUGGCGGCGGCGGCUAUGGGAGCAAUGACGGCUACGGCGGAGGCUACGGAGGCGGGUACGCUGGCGGGUAUGGGGGAGGCUACGGGGACCAAAUGGAGGGCUACGGCGGUGGUAACGGCUACAGUGACUUUGGCAGCGGCUAUGGCCAGCAGUCCUCUGGCUAUGGCCCAAUGAAAGGUAAUUACUCGGGCAGAAGCAGCGCUCCUUACUCCCGAGGAGGUGGUGGUGGUGGUUACGGCAGGGGGGGUUACGGAGGCUCGUAUUAGGAGUGUUCAUUAGGUCUCACUUUAAGAGCAGCUCCGUCCCCAGCCCACAUCACAUUAUCUUCAGCUAAUAGCCAGAUUCAGCCACUUUAACGUAACGUGGCAUUGACUGAAACACAACUUUAUCCAGCCUAGCAAAUCACAGGUAGGGCUCACCUGUCCGACUUUACUCAGCAUCUCUCUCACAGCUACUACUACACAUCCUUGUGCUCUUUUCCCUGAAGUAAUAGGAAGAAUAUUUUGUUCUUUUCAACAAGACAUAGGACUACUACUCUGGAUCUCUACUUAUUAUCUACCUGUUGGCGAAACUGUUACUCACGUUUUUUGUUGUGCUUUGGGAUUAAGUUAAGAUUAGUAUUUUUGCUUGUUAAUUAGAGUAGGCAUGUGUUUUUCUCCUUUUAGUGUAUGCAUUGUAUCUUUAUUGUGUCUGUUAUUUUUUCAAAACAUUUAAUAGUGCUGUCAAACGAUUAAUCGCGACCAAAACAUUAAAAAAAGGUUUUGUUUACAUAAUGUACAUGUACUGUGUAGAUUUAUGUAUAGAGAAAUACACAAACAUACAUGUAUAAAUUGUACAAAUAUAUAAAUGUUUAUAUUAAUAUAUAAUUGAUAUUAUAUAUAAAUAUUUUAUAUAUAAACAAAAAUAACAAUUCUUAAAUGUAUACAUGUGUGUGUCUAUUUAUAUAUACAUAAUAAAUAUGCACAGUACACAUUAUGUAAACAAACCUUUUUAUUUUGGAUGCGAUUAAUCGUUUGAGCACUAAUAUUAAAAUCUGAUUUGGAUUGAGAGCCAAUCGCAGUGAAACCUUGUAGAGGUUCAAAAAUCCAUUGGCUGGCAGCAAGCAUUAUUUGCAUAUCACGUGAUGUAUUGAGUGCGCAGUACCUUAAGUAAAAAUACCAUUUAUUUUCUUCAUAAGGCAAGACGGACUCACUUUUAGCUAUGAGGUUAAAUGGUGUUUUUUUUUUUUUUUUUUUUUUAACUCGUUUUGCAAAUAUGUGGAAAUGAACCAUGGUUCUUCAAAAAAAAAAAAUAAUAAUAUUUGCAUAUUUUGCAAUGAACGUAAAAUGUUUCUGUAUACACACUCAACAUCUUUAAAUCAAUAGUUCGCAGUGCUUCGUGGGAUUGCAGUAUUUUCCGUCAUGGACCUGUUUUGUGUAUUCUUUUCACCAUUUGCUUCAAAUCAAAGAUUGUAAUGAUUCGGCUCGUAGCUGAUUGGUUUGAGUGAAUCUCAACUCUAUAACAAACGCUUUUAAAAACUGAACGGAGAAAAAUACUCCAGGAAACUGAGGGGGCUGAAGAAGUGGACGGGCACUGUUGCACUCAAUUAAAGCACUUUCUGCAGAGUCUGCUGUCAGCCAAUGAAAGACUGAACUUUUAUUUAAUUAGGCUCGAUGGCAACUAGAAAUUGUUCGUCUUAACAUUAGAAAAGUGUUGGAAUAAACAGAAAUUUCUUUGGCGUCUCAGCAAGUUAAAAGGACUAGUUUCAGCUUCGAUUGUUCAGGCUCACUAUAAAACAACCCUCAACAUCCGGUAAUAUAGUGAUUAACGUGUGUCCCCUCCCAAUUAGUGUGAUUUGUUAAAUAGUUCAAGGACAUUAUGAAAAUAUUUGUCAUUGGUGUUACAGUGAACCUUUUGGUCGGGACUCUGAAGACCGAUUUGAGUUUUUUUUUUUUCUACCGUUUAUCAUUUAGUAAAGGACUUAAAUGCUCUUGUCUCAUUGUAUUACUGCUUCAACAGAAUAAUCUAUGGAAUAUUGUUUAUUUCAGAUACAACUGAACUGUAUGUAUUUCUGUUAAUAAAAGUCAUUACUCAGUA